AUGACGGGGGAAUUCAAGUUCCGACAUGGCAUAUCAGCUACUCAAAUCCCAAUCUUCUCCGUCUUCUUGUUCUUUGGUACCCUCUUUUACUUCCAAAAGAAGAAUGGCUGGUUCAGCAUUGCCUUGUUUUCCAUCAUUCGUCUUACCGGAGCGAGUUGCAUGUUGGCUACUCUGGCCAAUGGCUCGUAUGGAGUGUGGGCUGCUGUGUAUCGAGCGAACACAUUCGCCCAGGUCCUCACGCCGUGGCAUUUCCGUGUCCCUGAGCUCAUCUGCUGGGCAGGCAUGGGCCUCUCCAUAGCCGACUACGCCACCGCAAGCCAACGAGAAGACGCAGCAAAGCCUGGAAGUCUCGCCCAAGCCAGCAUGGGCCUCUUUGUAGCUCUAUACGCCUGGGCACUUUUACUCGGCUUUUACCUAAUUCAAAGGUGGUCGUCAAUCCCUGAAGAAGAACGUUGGGGGAUGUGGAGCUUUGGGGCUUGUGUUCCCUUCAUGAUUGUUCGGACUACUUACAGUGUGGCUUUCACCGCAACUGGCGAUAAAAAGUUUAGUGCUGUGGUUGGAAGACCUUACAUGUACCUUUUCAUGUCACUGGUGAUGGAGACGACUAUCCUUGGUAUUGUGACGUGGGCUAUCUAUACGAUGUCUCGGCUAGUUGCAACAGCUCCGAAAGAUUCUGUGGAAGGCGGCUCAUAUAGAAUGAUGGAUAUGCGUGAUGAGAGAUGA